CAGGAUGUCUGGCUCUACAAACUGCUGCAGAUCUCGCGAGAAUUACUUGUCCAAUCAUGAAACUUAAUGGAGGCCCAAGAUGGCGGCGCACUGGGAGCGUAACAUCUGCGUUUCUAGGGUCUUCGCGCAGCGGGUGGUUAAGACUCUGGGGUUGUAGAGGUCCACACUAUACUAAUCGUCUGGCAGGAACUUUGACUUCAGAGAUGGCUCUGAGUAAAUCAAUGCAUGCAAGAAAUAGAUACAAGGACAAACCUCCUGACUUUGCAUAUCUGGCAACAAAAUAUCCAGAUUUUAAGCAACAUGUUCAGAUAAAUCUGAAUGGAAGAGUGAGUCUUAAUUUUAAAGACCCCGAAGCAGUCAGAGCUCUGACUUGUACUCUGCUAAGGGAAGAUUUUGGACUUUCUAUUGAUAUUCCGCUGGAGAGACUGAUUCCUACAGUUCCCUUGAGACUCAACUAUAUUCACUGGGUAGAAGAUCUGAUCGGUCAUCAGAACUCUGACAAAAAUACCCUCCGAAGAGGAAUUGACAUAGGUACUGGGGCAUCCUGCAUCUAUCCUUUACUUGGAACAACCUUAAACGGCUGGUAUUUCCUUGCAACAGAAGUAGAUGAUAUGUGCUUCAACUACGCAAAGAAGAAUGUGGAGCAGAAUAACUUAUCUGAUCUUAUAAAAGUGGUUAAAGUACCACAGAAGACACUCCUGAUGGAUGCUCUUAAAGAAGAAUCAGAGAUAAUUUAUGACUUUUGCAUGUGCAACCCUCCCUUUUUUGCCAAUCAGUUGGAAGCCAAGGGAGUAAAUUCUCGAAAUCCUCGAAGACCCCCACCCAGUUCUGUAAAUACAGGAGGAAUCACAGAGAUCAUGGCAGAAGGAGGUGAAUUAGAGUUUGUUAAAAGAAUCAUCCAUGACAGUUUACAGCUUAAAAAAAGAUUAAGAUGGUAUAGCUGCAUGCUGGGAAAGAAAUGCAGCCUGGCUCCUCUGAAGGAAGAACUUCGCAUACAAGGGGUUCCUAAAGUCACCUAUACUGAAUUCUGCCAGGGUCGGACAAUGAGAUGGGCUUUGGCUUGGAGUUUUUAUGAUGAUGUAACAGUACCAUCACCACCCAGUAAGCGAAGAAAACUAGAGAAGCCAAGGAAGCCCAUUACGUUUGUAGUCCUGGGGUCUGUGAUGAAAGAACUAGCCCUCAAAGCGUCAUCUCUGGGCCCUGAGACAGUGGAAGGCAUUGUGGUUGUGACAACAUGGAUUGAAAAAAUCCUCACCGAUCUGAAGGUCCAGCAUAAACGAGUUCCCUGUGGAAAGGAGGAAAUCAGCCUUUUCCUAACGGCCAUAGAAAACUCCUGGAUUCACUUAAGGAGGAAGAAAAGAGACCGAGUGAGACAACUGAGAGAAGUGCCUCUAGCUCCCAAGAACGUGAUCGAAGCCCUGGAAGAGAAAAAGUCUCCCCCCAAAGAGCCUGGCAGUAGCCAGGAUGUGGCCCAGGGCCCCCAGGAGAGUGCCCUGGGGGGGCCUGCUCCACCGGAAGGCGAGUCUGCCACUGUGGGGGGCCAUGGCCCCAACCAGGACGUGCUUUCCCAGGAGGAAAACCCAGAACCCACGGAGGAUGAAAGGAGUGAGGAAAAGGGGGACAUGGAGGUUCUGGAAGGUUGUAAAGGCUCUAGUAAUGGAGCCCAGGACCACGAGGCUCCUGAGCCCUUCAGCAGCCCAGUGUCUGAAAAAGGGAACCAUCUCCAAGGAGUGGAUGGACGUUACUUAUUCAAGUGUCUGAUAAACGUUAAGAAGGAAGUAGAUGAUGCGUUAGUUGAAAUGCACUGGGUUGAGGGCCAGAACAGGGAUUUGAUGAACCAGCUUUGUACUUAUAUACGUAACCAAAUUUUCAGGCUUGUUGCUAGUUAACUCCAAAAUUCUCACACAGCUGGGAAAGUUCUGUAAAGCAGCUUGCUUUGAAGAGUGGCCUUGUGGGUGGGGGGGGGGGGGUGGCAAGCUGAAUUCCAUCAUUAGCCCACUGUAACAUUAUGUGGAAUUGUCUUAAAAAACCAGCAAAUGAGUCCAUUUUUAAACAACCCCCUCCUUAAAAAAAAAAAAAAAACUACAGGGCAUUGUAGUAUGGUAAUUCAGAGAAAGAACUGUGGUGAUCAGCAUCAACAGAAUGUCAUUGGUAAACUCAUAAGGGAUUUAAACCUGUCUUAAGCUGAUCACCUUGACUUCAGACUGGUUUUCUGAGGCCAAAAGGAUUAUUUUCGCAGUCUGAUCCUGGUCAGAACUUAAUAGUGCAUCCUGCCUUCUGUGUCAGCCUUGGUUGCUUCCUGAGAAGGGGUGACUUUCUCACCCCUGCCCUCCUCCCCCUCCACCCCAUGGGGGUGGUAUACCAGGGUAGAUAGCCCUAUACCCUCUUCUAAAGUCACUUUCAAGACUAAAAACUUUGGGUACAUACGAUUGAUGACCCCUGUGUCAGUCCUGAGAAAGGAACUAGCCUUUUGAGAGUCAGGGAGAGAAAGCUCAGUAAUGCCAGGAAGAAGGCCUGAUCAGGGAGCACCUGGGAACAUUGGAGACAAUCGGCACAUUCCUGACUCUUGUCUGUUUUGGAUGUUGCUUGUUUCAGAAACAGAAUUAGGUAAGCAAAACUGCCGGAUGUAACUGCGAUGCAGCAGAAUGAAGCCAUACCCGUGCCUCCAACCUGUUUAAAGAACUGUUUUGUAGCAGUU